AGUUUCAUUUUAAUUGUUUUUAUUAUUAAUUUAUUUUUGUUUGAAAAUUUGGUAAUAUGGUAUUGGAAUUUAGCUUUAAGUGAAUCAAUGUUCAUGUGACCUUCAAUUUAACAACUUAGAAGAAAAUAUGGGUUACACAUGUACUACAAUAUAAGUGUGUGAAAACAUCAUCAUUGAAAGUCAAACAAGGAGGGAUCAUUUCAGUUCUAUUCGAUCCACAAAGAAAUAACGAUGGCUACAUCAAAUGUUAAUGAAUCGUGUCUUAAACAAGAAACUAGAAACCUUGUUGCGGUUUAUCCAUUUUACCGCUAUGGAAAAAUAACAAUACUAUCUACACCUGCAAUAAAACAAGAUGGAGCUAAAGUCAUUCAGGCAAUAGAAAACUUUAAUUCAAGAGAAACAGAUGUAGUACUGUGUUCAUCCAUGAAAUCAGGUACACACUGGGCUCACGAAAUUAUUCCAAUGAUUUUACACCAAACAAGUGAGUACAAUACCUAUGGUGUAUUGGCCAGGUUAAACUUCGAAUGCCAAACGGAUUGGGACGACUUAGAAGAAGAGAGUGAUCCGAGACUUUUUCAUACUCACUUACCGCUCAGUUUUCUUCCAAAGAAGCUCAUCGAAAAUAGAAACAAGAUCAUAUAUAUGAACAGGAAUCCCAAAGAUAGGGCUGUAUCACUGUAUGUCUUUCUUCAAGGAAAGGAGGGAGUUCCUGUUUGGACAUGGAGUGAAUUUUUUGACAAUUUUAUACUCAAGGAUGAUUUGUAUGGCGGAUGGUUUAACUUUACAAAAGAAUUAGAGAAGGCAGUAGUGGAUAAGACAGCCAAUGUUUUAUCCGUCACGUUUGAGGACUUGAAAUUGAUUCCUAUCCAAACAGGGAAGAAAAUUGCAAGUUUCCUUGACGUAAAUAUUUCUGAUGAGUUAAUCAAAGACAUAUUCGACAAGUGCGCGUUUGGAAAUUUGAAACAACAUAAAUUGGACGGAUCACGAGACUUGCAUCCUGAUGGAAAUUCUACAUUAUGGCGUAAAGGUAUUAUUGGUGACUGGAAAAAUUGGUUCACAGUAUCCCAGAGCGAACAAUUUGAUCAACUUUAUGAUGAAGAAAUGAAAGGAUACAAUGUAAAGUUUAUUUAUGACGAUAACAUCUGCAAACUGUAAUCUUUUUAAAAGGCAUGUUUCUUCAUUUUCGUUGUUUGUAUAUUCAGAAAUGUAGCGUCUCUAUAUAUGUGUGUCUACGAUUGAUUUUGUAAUUUUUUUUACAGCUGGCAUAUUAAAAUAUUGACAGCUUUGGAAAAUUUGUUAUAUAUUUUCUUAAAAGUCCAUUUUGUUUAUUCUUUUUUCCGAACAAACAAACAAACAAUAUUUAUCAAUUCUAACCUUCUUAAAAUAUACCAGACACUGUGAGGAGACAGUUCCUGAAAAUUGCUUUUCUUGUCUACAAAAUUUUUGAAAGUUCUUUUGUGUUACUCAGCAUGUAUCCUGACAUUUCUAUCUCAAGAACAGUUGACGACAUCUCUAUCUAUCGUAUUGUUAAUUGGCUUAUUUAUAUAUUUUAUCGUUUCAUAUUAAUUAUUUCUAAAAAAAAUUCUGAAUCAUUUUUUACUUAAUCUUUUUUCCUUACCUUUUCAGACAAAAUGUUCAUAGAAAUUAUUGUUUCGUUUUAUGUUUUAUUUAGAAUUGUUCUCUUUUGUUUGUUGAGAUGAUUAUAUGAUUUCAUUUUAAUGCCUCACCUACGAUAGUAGAGGGGCAUUAUAUUUUCUGGUCUGUGCGUCCGUUCGUCCGUACGUCUGUUCGUUCGUCCGUUUGUCCCGCUUCAGUUUAAAGUUUUUGGUCGAGGUAGUUUUUGAUAAGAUUGAGUCCAAUCAACUUGAAACUGAGUACACAUGUGCCAUAUGAUAUGAUCUUUCUAAUCAUAAUGCCAAAUCAGAGUUUCGACUCCAAUUUUUAGGUUCACUGGACAUGAAAUUAUAUUGCAAAUUUCAGGUUAAAGUUUUUGGUCAAGGUAGUUUUUGAUGAAGUUGAAGUCCAAUCAAUUUGAAACAUAGUAUACAUGUUCCCUAUGAUAUGAUCUUUCUUAUUUGAAUGCCAAAAUUAGGGCUUUAACACCAUUGUUAUGGUCCACUAAACAUAGAAAAUGAUAGUGCGAGUGGGGCAUCCGUGUACUAUGGACUCAUUGUUGUGUAUUCAUACGUAAGCUAAGAUGAACGCUUUCUAUUGGUUUUUGCCCAUUUUGUAUAAUUAUUAUAAACCAGAUAUGUAUCAGUA